AUAUCUUAAUUGCAAAACUACAUAAUUAGAAAAUUUUUUAACUGAAAAUUUCACCAUGAUGUAACAAUAAAAACACAAGCAGCUUUUAAAUGCAAAAGGUUGUAUAUAUUCAUGUUGACGUCUUAGUAGCCGUUAAAAUAUAAACAAAAAUAAGUAAACAGGCUCGGCGAGGCGGCUAUCUCUUCAUCUAACUCAUCCCCUUCAUUCCAAUCAUAUUCAACAACUACGCCUCGUCCCCGCAGUGAAUUCCCGAUCUGCUCUAGAUCUCUCUUUUUAUUUAAUUUAAAUUUAAAAUGUGACUUAACAGAAGGAACUUGUAAUGUCUGUUUAUGAGCAAGGUGUAAUUUUUGAAUUUCAAAUUUUCAUUCUCUCACUUCACUAAACCUUAAAAAUUAAGGGCAAAAUGGAUAAUUACUACCUACCUUUAUCCGAAAAUCAUUGCAGUUAUAAAUGAGUGACAGUGAGGAAUAUUAAAUUUCUGACUGAACCAAUUCUAUCUAUUCAGCAUUACUCAAAACAAAUACUGAAAGGGUUUGACAGGGAGACUCUUAAACAAAGACAGAGGGAAUGGAAUCGCCAGCUGACGACGUUGCUCUAAAUAGUGUAAGCAGAAAGAGGCAAUGCGCUUUUUCUGACGGAGCUACAAACAACAAUAGCUCGCUCAAUUCUAGUAAAAAAAGAUCCUCCUCAGUGAUUGUGAAAUCUUUUGACAUGGAAUUGCUUGAUUGUCCCAUUUGCUUUAAACCCUUUGACAUUCCAAUCUUUCAGUGUGAGAAUGGACAUACAGCUUGCUCUUCUUGCUGCCAGAACAUUGCAAAAAAGUGUCCAUCUUGUGCAAUGCCUAUUGGCUCCAUCCGCUGCCGGGCAAUUGAGAUGGUUCUUGAAUCAGUUCAAGUUCGUUGCCGAAAUGUGAAAUAUAGGUGCUUCAGAACUUUCAGCUAUGGUAAGAGUUUUUUCGAGCAUGAGAAGAUAUGUGCACAAUUCCCAUGUUCAUGUCCUAUUCAAGGAUGCAAAAGCAAAGACAACGCUAGCGAUUUAUACGAACAUUGUACUAAAGAUCAUUUAGAUUGCGUGUCAAACUUCAUAUUUGAUUACGCCUUCACUAUUUCCUUUAGUAUUGAUGACAAAUUUGUUUUUCUCCGAGAGAGAGGAGGUGUUCUGUUUAUUUUGAGCAAUAGAUCAGAAAAGAUUGGAAACUUUAUCUCAGUUAGCCGCAUUGGAGCUCCUUCAGCGAAAGAAGUUCAUUCGUAUGAUCUUGUAGCAGAACUGAAGAAACAACUCACAUAUUUCGUUCUUUUACAAAGAACAUUCAGAACAAUUAUGAUAGUCUCGACUUUCCUUUAGCAGGGUUGUUUCUUUGUCCUGGUGGUUCCGAAGAUGAUAAUAAAAAGACCAUCCAUUUCUGCAUAGCGCCCAUAUCCGAGGGCUCAGACGUGGGCACGUGAUCUGGGGUAUAGCAGAGGCAGAGGAAAUUUCUGGUAUGGACUUUCCUGGAGUAGUAGAAGAGCAGUUUACAGCAGUUGUUAAUGAAAAUCUUCUUGACAUUUUGGUUAGAGUUGUUCUUGUUUUUGGUGUUUAUAUAUUUUGAUUACACAAAAUAAGGACUGUGUUCCGGUAUUUGUCCACAUGCAUUUUUAAGAAGCA